GAGAGUGGAUGUUCUGAAUUCGGCCCAAAAAUUGGUGAACCGGGCUAAUAAAAUAGGAUCAUUUUAUUUGGUAGAAAACAAACGAAAGUAAAUGACUGUGAGAAUUAUCGCUAAGAGACACAGCAUUCCAUUUGGACUUUUUUAAAGCAUUCUCGUACAGGAAUGGAAAAUGGCAUCAACGCUAAACGGAUUUCCGGUGACGCUUGAUGACGUCACAAGUGCACGUGAUCGGAUUCUCCGGCAUCUGCAUUACACUCCGGUUUUGACGUCCUCGACUUUUGACAGCAAAUACGGACGCAAGUUUUAUUUCAAAGCGGAAAACUUUCAGAAAACCGGAUCAUUUAAAUCUAGGGGAGCGCUAAAUGCGGUAACGAAGCUUGUGGAAGAAAAACAGGAACGAGUUGUCGGCGUAACGACGCACUCUAGCGGAAACCACGGACAGGCCCUUGCAUGGGCAGCCCAGCACUGCGGUCUCCCUUGUAACGUAAUCGUACCCCGUAACACGCCCACUGUCAAGAUCGACGCAAUCAAAGGAUACGGGGCGGACGUCACGCUAUGUGAACCAAACCCUACUUCCAGAGCGGAGACGUGCGCGGCUAUCUGCAGUGAGAAGAACUAUGUGUACAUUCCUUCCGCUGACCACUACGACGUCAUGGCUGGCCAGGGAACCAUUGCUCUCGAGUUCCUUGAACAGGUCCCCAUGCUGGACGCCAUACUGGUCGCGGCGAGCGCGGGGGGAAUGGUUUCUGGUAUCGCAUGCGCAGCCAAACAACUUAAACCGGAAAUAAAAAUUUUCGUUGUAGAGCCGUUUGGAAAGGACCUCGAACGAUGCCUGCGAGAAGGCAAGCGUCUGUGGCCGGAGCCGCCCCAGUAUGUGGACACGAUAGCUGAAGGUAUCCGCAUUCAGCAGCUUGGAAAGCUCGCCUUUCCGAUCGUUCUUUCUCUCGCGGAGAAAGAGGUCUUCACCACGACAAAUGCUCAAAUAGUGGAAGGGAUGCGGUUUGCCUUUGAGAGAAUGAAAGUGGUGAUAGAAGGAGCUUCCGGUGCGGUUAUAGCGGCCGCCAUGUCGAAGCGCCUGCGUCGGAUGGACGGAAGACUACGGCACGUGGGUGUCAUUUUGUGCGGUGGAAACGUGGACAUUGAUCACAUACCCUGGCUACCAACACGAGAAGCGUGACUUCGGCUUUCCUGGUGUGCUGAUACAGUUCUAGCGUGCACUGAACCCAAUCAAAAGUGUCAAACAUUUCCGUCCUCCUUAUAUGUCGACAUUAUUACCGCGUGAAUUGUAUUUCGAUCCAGUAUAUCAGACUGAUUUUAAGUAAGCUUUUAUGAUAGUUGCUUGUUUAUAUUAAACAAUCAUGCACUAUAAUGUGUAUCAAUAUAUUUGGUAUAAUACAUUUUUUACAAUUUAUAUAUCAUAAUGAUUUGAAUCUUAUAAUGGUAAACCUGACAAAAGGAUAUUCUA